AUGGCUUUCGCAGAAAGUGCAGCCGUUUUUGAGAGCCGGGCGAGGGAGAUUGGGAUUUCCGAGGAAGUGUCGAAAGCACUGAAGGAUGCAGGCCUUGACUCCAUGGCCACAUUCGCUUUUGCUUGUUCUCACGUCCCAGGCAGCAGUGAUGAGUCCAACUUCUUGGCCAUGAUCAAGUCGGCCUUGAAGCGCGAGCCGUCCUUGGCAGAGACGGCUCGUUUGCGGCGCUUGUUCCAUGAGAGUUACGCUGUGGUGGCGGCGGACCUGAAAGCUCAAGUGGAACAGUCCGAUGAUACGGGUGUGCGCAAGCUGGCAGCGCCAGAACGCGCCGAACGUUUGAAGGCGCAGCAGGCCCGCUUGCAGGGGGUGAGCAUCACAGGUGCCAAUGAACCUGGGGAUGCGCUCGUGGAUAAGGCAGUUGCUAUGUACGACGCCGAUCGCAUUUCUUUCAUCGAAUGGGCAAAGUGCAUCAGCCGUGAGCAUGAGGUCAUGACUAGCGCCAAGCGCGACCAGUCUUUGACCUUCGAUGCCAGUGGCAUUUUGAAGAUUUCAAAGCGCUUGAGAGAGGAGCCCAUAUCCUGCAAUGAUGAGAUUCAGGUGCGCUAUGCACUCGUCAGGCGCGGUCUCGCUCUCGAGCAAGGCAAUGUGCUUGACUUUAAGCUCCAUGAUAAAUGGUGCGAGAAGCUUUUCAUGGCUCGCCAGAUGGAGCCCCCGCCCGGCUAUGCGAGAGUGACUCUGAAGCAGCUGGAGGAAGCCGAUAAGCGCUUGUGGACGGUCUUGGCUGAGAAGACUCGCAGCGGCAUCAAGGUGUCACCCGAGGGCCGCCCGUGCGACAAGGUGUUUGUCCAGUGCUUCGAGUCGACCGAGGUCAUGCAUUACUUGCAGCCUAUGCUCAGCAUGACGCAGGACUGGCCAUCUGUCAGGCCAGCCAAGAGAUUUCGUGGCCACGGUGAUGAUGAAGCCUCGGACGCAAAGGCUAAGGGUAAGGGCAAGGGAAGUGGCAGCAGCUUUCUUCCCAAGCCAUUGUUGGGCAUGGGCGCUGUUGCCAAAACCGCCAAGGGCAAUGCCAUUUGCUUCAAUUUCAAUUUGAAGAAAUGUGAUGUUCAUGGGCAGCGCUGUUCCAAGGGCCUUCACAUUUGUGCAGUGAAGGGCUGUCACAAGGCUCAUGCAGCCAUCGAUUGCCCGAAGAAGGCGUGUUUGCGGCCGGCCAGUGAAGUGUCGGCACCCAAUGUAGCUGUGUGUGACAGUGGUGUGCAGCUAUGGCAGCAGCCGCAGCCUUGUGGCGACACUGGACAUGUGGCCAGUGUGCGCGAGAAUGUCCCACACUGUGUGGGAAAUGUGCUGCAGGGGGCAUGUUGCCCCUGCAGUCCCGACGUUUUGUCCGGGGAGCGUGGGAAUGACCCACUGUGUGCGGCAAAUGUGCUGCAGGAGUCAUGCGUGCAUGCUCCGACUUGCAGAGCAGAUGUGCUCGAUCUAUCAUCCUGCCAAAGGUUGGAUGAUAGCAAAGGAAAGCCGGUCGAGUCAAGCAGAGCGUUGACCGACCAAAGUUUAGGCGAAGCCGCGCAGUCGCAUAGUUCUUCUGAAGUGCAGUCAUUGGAGGGCGCCCCUCUGUUCAUUGAAGUUUGCUGUGGUUGUGCUAGGCUCAGUGCCCACGUGCGCCAGUGUGGAUUCCGCGUGCUCGCGAUCGACCAGAGCAGCAAUCGUCACAAGCCUGUGUUUCGUGUGCAUCGCCUGGACGUCAGCAAGGAUUUUGCGUGGGAGCUCUUCGACAAUUUAUGUCUCCAGGAGCGUGUGAUCGCGAUACACUUCGCGCCACCAUGUGGGACUUGUUCUAAGGCCCGUGGACGGCCGCUUGCGGACGGCUCUCCUGCGCCUCCUGCUCUUCGUAGCCACGAGUUCCCCAUGGGCUUGUCUGACAUGGGGCCGGGUGACGCGUCAAGAGUUGCUAGUGCCAAUGCUAUUUACGAACGCAUGGCCUUGUUUUGCCUGAGUCAUGAUGUGGCGUGGACAAUUGAAAACCCACGUAGCAGCUGGCUUUGGGACCUCCCGUGCAUGCGUGAUUUGGUGCAGAAGUCCAUGUUCGUGUGCUAUGACAACUGCAUGUUCGGUGGGGAGCGCUUCAAGCAAAACGCUUUGUUGACAAACCGAGUGGAGUUCUUCGACCUGUGGCGUGAAUGCGAUCGAUCCCAUGAGCACAAUGGCGAGUUUGACACAGCGGCGGAAGCAGAAUACACUUUGCCUUUCUGCGAAGCUUUCGCGCAGGCGUUGGUUCAGCUCGCUGCCAAGGAAGGCCUUGCCUUGGCUGGCCCGGCGAUGGACCCUCAUCACUUGCUGCCUUUCAAACAGCCUAAAGGGAGACGCGCGCCGAGCCUGAUCAAAGAGUAUGUUCGUGUGGUGUCCCUCCUUCUCCCGGCGCUGCCGCCUCUGGACAAAGGGAAGUUUCUGCGGGGAACUGUGCGUAAUGUUCCGCAAGGCAGCAGACUACUUCGGGCUGAAGAGAAGUGGGGGCGGUCUGGAGAUGGCAAGGUGUUAUGCGUGUUUGGCGUGUACCACUCCAAGGAACAGUUUGUGAGUGUGGCGCGGCAGAUUUGGCAUCCUUUUGAUGAGCUCAUGAACGUUCCUGAUAGGUUGAUUUUGUGUUUGUUUGAGCUGUUGACUUUGGGUCCAGUUGAGAUUGCUAAGCUGCGUCUUGCUAAGCUUAAGAAGUGGAGACUCUGGGCUGCGGAGUUGGAGAAGGAAGAGACACUCUUGAAGCAGCGUCUACACCCGUCCGUGGAGCGGAUUGUGCGGCCAAAGAGAUUGUUGUUGCUUCGCAGAAUCUCAGAGGAGAUCGGUUGGCCAGAUGGGAAGCUCCAUGACGAAUUAGUGCAAGGCUUCAAGCUGACCGGGAUGGCAUCUGCGUCUGGAGUGUUUCGCCCUGAUUUGCGGCCGGCGUCUCUAUCUGAGGAAGAGCUUUACUCGAAAGCAAAGUUCCUGAGACCGCUUCUUCUGGGAAAGAUCAGUGCCCAGAAAGUGGACGAUCUGGCCGCAGCUGUGUACGAGUUGACGUGUGAUGAGGCGGCUGAUGCCAAGGGUUGGUUGGACGGCCCGUACACACCGACGCAGAUUGAUGAGAAACUGGGCACGAAAACAUGGAUCCCUCUGCGACGGUUUGGCGUGAGCCAGAAGGACAAGAUUCGGCCGGUAGAUGACUGCAGCGAGAACAAUGUGAAUGAUGCAUUCACGUCAGUGGAGUCAAUCUCUUUGGGGGCCAUGGACCAUAUAGUGUGGUCGGCCUUGACUCUGUGCCGGCACUGCGUGUUUCAUCAUUCUGUUGAUCUGCGUUUGUCUGACGGAACCCGAUUGGCGGGGAAGCUUCAUGCAGAUUGGGUGAGGUUGUCGACGUCCUUCAAAGCAACUGCUUUCGACCUGAAGAGCGCAUACAAGCAGCUGCCAGUUGCGCCGUGUGAUGUGAGCAAGGCGGUCGUGAGUCUCGUGUGCCCCAGUGACGGACAGCCCCGGUGUUUUCUGAUGCGGGCAUUGCCUUUUGGUGCAAAAGCUGCAGUUGCCGAUUUCAACAGAGUGGCACGGCUUCUGUGGGCCAUUGGGUGCCACCUCCACAUUCCGUGGUCUAACUACUUCGAUGACUAUCCGACUUUGUCGCAUGCAGCUCUGGAAGUCUCGACUAUGCAGAGCGUCAAGAUCUUGAUGGAUCUCUUGGGUUUUGCCCUCACGUUGGACAAGCUGAAGCCUUUCAAAACCAAGUCCGAGAUGCUCGGGGUUGAACUCGACUUGUCUGACCCCGGAAGUGUGCAAGUGGGCAACAAGGCGUCACGGAAACUGGAAGUGAGCCAGGCUGUGCAGCUUCUGCUUGACAAGAAGCAGGUCAACUGCAGGGAGCUUCCGUCGAUGAUGGGUCGGCUUCAGUUUGCAGACAUGCAAGUGUUCGGUAGAGCGGGCAAGCUAGCCAUGGCCGACAUUAGGGAGUAUGCGUCUGGAUGCACAGGUGUUCUGAACUUGGAUUCGAAGUCGCUUCAGGCGCUGAAAGUCAUGCAGCGGAGGAUCUGUGCUGGACCUCCGCGUAAGCUGCCGGUUGACAUCAAGCAAAAACCAGUGCUGGUGUUCACGGACGGGGCUUAUGAGCCCGAAAGCGAUCCCGAAGACGAGCUCGGUGGCGCCACGAUUGGUGGUGUGAUCAUCGUUCCUGGUGUCGCUGUAGAGGUGUUUGGUGCCACGGUGCCUGCAGCUUUAGUGCGAGAAUGGCGUGAUGCAGGCAAAGAGCAUUUGAUCGGCCAGACUGAGCUCUACGCGGCCGUUGUCGCUAGACGUUUGUGGAAGCAUUUCUUGGAUGGUCAGCGUGCCAUCUUCUUCCAAGACAACUAUGCGGUCCUUGAUUGCCUCAUCAAAGGGACCGCACAUGAUGUCUCGUGGCGCAGCCUUCUUCUGGCCAUGGAGUUCUGCGAUGAAGAUUGCGCAUCUUUGAUUUGGUUUUCGCGGGUACCGUCGCCGUCGAACUUGGCUGACCCGCCUAGUCGAGGCACGCUUGACGAACUCACAUUCUUGAAGCCGUUUGUCUUGAGAAGACCUGAGUGCCCGUGCGGUCAUGGAGAGUUACGGAGCUUUUGGUGA